AUGCACAGCGAGAGUUACACGCAGAGAAGGGAUGGUGUUACGUUGCUUUCUCUAAAUGCGUCAAGAAACUCCAGCGCACUGAUACUGGAUUUACAUGUGUGCGAUGUGACAAUGCUCAUGCUGUUAGUUCUCUACCACGUUGAAGGAAAGACAUACACUUUCCAUGUAAAGGUGGCUACAUAUAAUUUCACCCUCAUAUGUCAGAUCUUCACAAUCACACGCAUUCUUGAUGAGCGUGAUUGUGUGCCGCUGCCCAACUUCCUUGACAAUGGAAGAGAUGAUGAAGAUGGUGGCGACAUGCCAAGUGCUAAUCCAAUACUUGCUAAGGUCGAAGGAAGAAAUGGUGAAGCAACUUUGAUUGCUGAUAAUGUGUCGAGCAAAGUGGCCGAUCCAGCUUUACAGAUCGUCAAGAAGGUGUGUAAGUUCUGA